UGCAUUUUAGCUCGUGAUGAGGACGGCGGAGUAAAAGGCGCCAGUGUUUGGUGUCCUUCCAGAGAGAAACAUCCUAAACUGCUGCAUGAGGUUUUCAAACCUGAAACGGAGCUACAAAGAGCAGGUCGGGGAGAAGUUGAGGAGAGACACGGACUCUCAACAUGGACUUUGAGAGGAAACUGUCAGCUGACCAGUGGAGAGAUAUCAAGAAAGUGAUUGUUGGUGAAGAACAUAUGCAGGAGUGGAGCUCCAGUCUAGACCAGGAGGACAAAAAGCCCCCAGACAUUAAAGAGGAACAGGACGAACUCCGGCUAAGUCAGGAUAAAGAGAAACUUCAAGGUCUGGAGGAGGGGGAUAUCACCAAGUUCACAUUCACUCUGGUCCCUGUGAAGAGUGAAGACGAUGAAGAAAAACCUAUGUUCUCACAGCUUCAUCAAAGACAAACUGAAGAGAUCAAAACAGAAGCUGAUGGAGAGGACUGUGGAGGACCAGAACCAGCCAUGAAAUCAGAUCCAGAUACAAAUUUACAACGAGACACUGAUGCCAAGACUGGAGACGCUUCUGAACCUCAGUCAGGUUUUAACACUCUGAAUAAUGAUACAUUCCCUGUUAGUGAUUUAAGACGUUCUACUGGUGAGAAAGCAUUUAGCUGCUCUGAGUGUGGGAAAAUAUUUGGCACCAAUAGAGAUGUGAUGAGGCAUAUGAGAUCACAUACAGGAGAGAAACCAUUUAGCUGCUCAGUUUGUAAGAAAGCUUUUACAGCGAGUGGAAAUUUACAGAAACACAUGAGAAUCCACACAGGAGAGAAACCAUAUAGCUGCGCUAAUUGUGGGAAAACAUUUGGCAGCAAUGGAGAUGUGAAGAGUCACAUGAGAAUCCACACAGGAGAGAAACCAUUUAGCUGCUCAGUCUGUAAGAAAGCUUUUGCAGGGAAAGGAAGUUUACAUAGACACAUGAGAAUCCACACAGGAGAGAAACCAUUUAGCUGCUCAGUGUGUAUGAAAGCGUUUACAGAGAGUGGAAAUUUACAGACACACAUGAGAAUCCACACAGGAGAGAAACCAUUUAGCUGCUCUGAGUGUGGGAAAAGAUUUUGCACUAAUGGAGAUGUGAAGAGUCACAUGCGAUCUCAUACAGGAGAGAAACCAUUUAGCUGCUCAGUGUGUAACAAAGCAUUUACAGUGAGUGGGAGCAUACAGAAACACAUGAGAAUCCACACAGGAGAGAAACCAUUUAGCUGCACUGAGUGUGGGAAAAGAUUCAGCACCAAUGGAGAUAUGAAGAGGCACAUGAGAUCUCAUACAGGAGAUAAACUACUUAGCUGCUCAGUCUGCAAGAAAGAUAUUGGACGGGGUGGUCAUUUACAGAUGCAAAGGAGAAUCCACAAAGGAGAGAAACCAUUUAGCUGCUCAUUCUGUAAGAAAGAUUUUGGACAGUGAAAACUUACAGGCACACAUAAGAAUCCACAAAGGAGAGAAACCAUUUAGCUGCUCACUCUGUAAGAAAGAUUUUGGACAGUGAAAACUUACAGGCACACAUAAGAAUCCACACAGGAGAGAAACCAUUUAACUGUGAUCCUGAUUUGAUUGUUAGUGGUUGGCUCCUCCCCCUGUACUUAAGGAAGGCUGGAGGACUCUUUCAGACAGAAGCAGCUGUGCACCAGUGUGGUUAUUUUAGGGGGAUGAUGGUCUGAGGGGUAUGGCACAAAACUUAAUUGAUAUUAUACCAUAAAUACAUAUGUAUAAGUAAUUGAUAGUGACAUAAUUGAAAGAGUCUAUGAAAUAUUACACACUAUCUCAUCUGAACAGUCAAAAACUCUCGACCUAGUUUAAAACUUUUACAGCCAACUUAUUAAAAAGCUGGGAUUUAAUUAAGUCUAAAUGUAUUUGAACUGUCAUUUUUUCUAUUAAAACGUUUUACAACA